ACUCAAACACUGAACCACAGUCCACUGACAGACAGACAGAGGACGGGGGGAAAGAGGAAGAGAGAGUAACCUGUGAGCGAAAAUCAACAAAGCGAAAGAAAGCCAAGAGAGAAACGAGGAAAGAUAAGGAAGUGGAGAGAGAGAGAGGUCCUGUGUGCUGUCUCACUGAAACCAACCAACCCACCUACACACCGUGUCUGUCAAUCUGUCCUCUUCGAUCCCCUUCUGUCAGCAGUAGGAAUACAUAGUUAACCCACCAGCCAGUCUAAUCUGUCUGUCUGUUCUUCAGUGUUUCAGUGGUUGUGUUCGUCAGUAAAGAAAGUCCACCUUAUCACAGUCAGUAAAGAGUCCGUUUUGUCAGUUUGUUGAUUAGUUGGUCCGUCAGCAAGUGAGUAAGAGUCCUCAUCCCUCAGUGCUUCAGUCAGCACUCAAGAACCAAAACCUUUUAAACCAUACUGUCACAGUAACCGUCACCAUGGCCCCCAAGAAGAAGGCCAAUCGUACAAAGAAGAUUACCACGGAGCCAGUCGUCUCCCAGGUAACCACUGUCACCACACAGAUGGCAGGAGGAGUGGUGGUGGUGGAAGGUGUGAAGAAGAUCGAGGAGAGGGCCGCACUGGACAUCGUACAGCUUAACCAUUUCAACCUCCCCCUGCCCCCUCCCGUCAUCAAGCCCGGAGAGAAGGGCCUGGGCCUGGGCUGUGAAGUGACCCGCCCCCUCCACGGAAAUGCCCUGCUGGAGGAGCUGAGCCGCAUGCGCCAGGAGCGAUUCCUCACCGACCUGGAGCUGGCCUGUAAGACCAAGGCCUUCGACGUGCACAAGCUGGUCAUUUCUUCCGUCAGCCGGUACUUCAGGGAGAUCCUGGCCAAGGACCCCGAAAUGAAGCGUCUAGAGUUACCUUCACUCUCCCCCCUCGGCCUGGCCAAUGUGAUCACAUUUGCCUACCUGGGCCGCGUCCACAUGUCCCUGUACACCAUCGGCUGCACUGUGUCAGCUGCUGCCACCCUCCAGAUCCCCCAGUUGCUCCAGAUGUGCAUGGACUUCCUGCUGGCCGAGAUGAACGUGCUGACGUGCGUGUACGUGUGGAACAUCGCCACUGCCUACGGCCUGAUUCCCGUGCGCGAUGCAGCCCGCCGCUUUGUGCUGGAGAACUUUGUCGCGUUCACGGAGACGCCCCUGUUCAACCAGCUGACCCUGGAACAGAUCACAGCCUUCCUCCAGGAGGACAGCCUGCUGCUGCCAUCUGAAGUCACCGCCUUCCAGUUGGCCAUGAAAUGGCUGGACUUCGACCCCAAGCGUCAGGUGCACGCCGCCGAACUGCUGUCCCACGUGCGCUUCGAGACCAUCCCUGCCAGUGAGCUGGUCAGCGAGAUCCAGCCCGUGGCGAGAAUGAUGAUGGACCCUCACUGCCACCGCCUGCUGGUGGACGCCAUGAACUACCACCUGCUGCCCCACCAGCAGAACACACUGCAGUCUCGCCGCACGCAGGUGCGUGGCGGACAGGCCACCCUUCUGACUGUUGGGGGGCGUCCCUCCGUCACCGAGCGCGCACUGAGUAGAGUGGUGCUGUGGAGAGACCCACGUGACGGUGUGGCUACCUGGCGCCACCUGUCCCAGCUGCCCGCUAAGAGCUUCAACCAGUGUGUGGCUGUGAUGGACGGCUUCCUGUACGUGGCCGGAGGGGAGGACCAGAACGAUGCACGCAACCAGGCCAAGCACGCUGUCAGCACCCUCAGCAGGUACGACCCUCGCUUCAACACCUGGCUGCAUCUGGCUAGCAUGCGCCAGCGCCGUACCCACUUCAGCCUGGUGUCCACUGGCGGGCGCCUGUAUGCCAUUGGCGGCCGCAACGUGGAGGGCCUCCUGGCCACCACCGAGAGCUACCUGCCCUCCUCCAACACCUGGCAGCUCAAGACGCCCAUGGAGGUGCCACGUUGCUGCCACGCCAGUGCCGUGCUGCCCUCCGGAGACAUCCUGGUGACCGGCGGCUACAUCAACUGCGCCUACUCGCGCUCCGUGGCCUGCUACAACGUUGAGACGGACACAUGGAGUGAGAAGGCCAGCCUGGCGAGCCCCCGAGGAUGGCACUGCUCCUCCACCCUGGGAGGGAAGGUGUAUGUGGUGGGUGGUAGCCAGCUGGGCCCCAGCGGAGACCGUGUGGACGUCCUGUCCAUGGAGGUGUUCUCCCCAGAGAACGGUGAGUGGAGCCGGGCCUCCCCCCUGCCCCUGGGCGUGAGCACGGCAGGCCUGUCGCCCCUCGGGGAACAGCUGUACCUGAUGGGUGGCUGGAACGAGGCCGAGAAGCGCUACAAGGCGGCCGUGCAGAAGUACACCCCGGCAACCGACAGCUGGUCCAUGGGGGAGGAUCUGCCCGAGGCCACUGUGGGUGUAUCCUGCUGCGCCCUGACCCUCCCACCCCGCCACACCCCCCGCAGGCAACAACACCACAACACUCCAGCAACCAAGGAGGAGCAGCCACAGAGAAAGAGCCAUGUGGUCCCACAGCCCAUCACUGCCUGAGAGAUAUAGAAAAAGAGAGGUGAAGAGAGCGAAGGGAGGAUGAUAGAAGGGAGGAGUGACAGAGAGCAAAAAGUUGAGGAGAGGUAGGAACAGAGAGCUGUAGAUAGAGAAGCAGAGCCGUCAACAGGAAAGAUGGAAGGGAUAACUAUUCACUUAUUCUAAAAUUGAUUACAUUUUUGUUAUCAUCAAUCUACACACAAUACCCCAUAAUGACAAAGCAAAAAAAGGAUUUUAGACAUUUUUGCUAAUUUAUAAAAAAAUAAAAAUGUUGCUAAUUUAUAAAAAAAAAAAAAAAUGAAAUAUCAGAUUUACAUAAGUGUUCAGACCCUUUACUCAGUACUUUGUUGAAGCACCUUUGGCAGUGAUUACAGCCCCGAGUCUUCUUGGGUAUGACGCUACAAGCUUGGCACACCUGUAUUUGGGGAGUUUCUCCCAUUCUUCUUUGCAGAUCCUCUCAAGCUCUGUCUGGUUGGAUGGGGAGCGUUGCUGCACAGCUAUUUUCAGGUCUCGAUCGGGCUCUGGCUGGGCCACUCAAGGACAUUCAGAGACUUGUCCCAAAGCCACUCCUGCAUUGUCUUGGCUGUGUGCUUAGGGUCGUUGUGCUGUUGGAAGGUGAACCAUUGCCUCAGCCUGUGUCCUCGGUGCUCUGGAGCAGGUUUUCAUCAAGGAUCUCUCUGUACUUUGCUCCAUUCAUCUUUGCUGACUUCAUCUUUGCUGACUUAAUCCUGACUAGUCUCCCAGUCCCUGCAGCUGAAAAACAUCCCCACAGCAUGUUGCUGCCUCCAACAUGCUUCAGCGUAAGCAUGGUGCCAGGUUUCCUCCAGAAGUGAUGCUUGGCAUUCAGGCCAAAUAGGUCAAUCUUGGUUUCAUCAGAACAGAGGAUUUUGUUUCUCAUGGUCUGAGAGUCUUUAGGUGCCUUUUGGCAAACUCCAAGCGUGCUAUCAUGUGACUUUUACUGAGGAAGAGCACCUCUAGAAUGGCCUGAUUGGUGGAGUGCUGCAAAGAUGCUUGUCCUUCUGGAAGGUUCUCUCAUAUCCACAGAGGAACUCUAGAUCUCUGUCAGGGUGACCAUCGGGUUCUUGGUCACCUCCCUGACCAAGGCCCUUCUCUCCCUAUUACUCAGUUUGGCCUGGUGCCCAGCUCUAGGAAGAGUCUUGGUGGUUCCAAUCGUCUUCAAUUUAAAAAUGAUGGAGGCCACUGUGUUCUUGGGGACCUUCAAUGCAGCAGACAUUUUUUUGGUACCCUUCCCCCAGGUCUGUGCCUCGACACAAUCCUGUCUCGGAGCUCUACAGACAGUUCCUUCGACCUCAUAGCUUGGUUUUUGUUCUGACAUGCACUGCCAACUGUGGGACCUUAUAUAGACAGGUGUGUGCCUUCCCAAAUAAUGUCCAAUCAAUUGAAUUUACCACAGGUGGACUCCAAUCAAGUUGUAGAAACAUUAAGUAUGGUCAAUGGAAAAAGGAUGCACCUGAGCUCCCGAGUCUCAUAGCAAAGGGUAUGAAUACUUAUGUAAAUAAGGUAUCUGUUUUAUAGGUUUGAUACAUUUGCUAAAAUUUCUAAAAACCUGUUUUCACUUUGUAAUUAUGGGGUAUUGUGUGUAGAUUGCUGAGGAUUUUUUAUUUAAUCUAUUUUAGAAAAUGGGGGUGUCUGAAUACUUUCCGAAGGCAUCAACCUAUGGUUGAUGAAUGUGAAAAUGACAAUCCAUUUGCGGUAUGUGUAAAAUAUGUAUUGCAGUUAGCAAGGUGGAACUGUGAUAUGAUUACGCAAAUGUGUUUGUGUGUAUGUGCGUGCAAAUGUACAUACUAGAGUGAUUGAUGUGUGUUUGGGUGUUAGAAAUGGAGACAUACAAGCUUUUGACAAAUAUUGCAAUACAAUUUUCAGCAAAACUUUAAAAAUUCUUCCCAUUAAAAUAUUUGUCUUAAGUAGUUUAGCUCAAAAGAAAAGUUAAAAAACAUGUUUAAAUACUGUUAAUUUAAGUGCAAUGUAAUACAAGAGUUGCAAUGACUGCUCGAGACAACUUUAUAGGUCAAAGUAACUUUACAAUGUCAUCCACUGACAAACAGGUAGAGAAUGUAUGAGCAAGACCAUGGCCUGGCAAACUAUGACCCAGACAGAUUCAUAGGCCUCAGAAUCCCCAUCUACCAAAGACAAAACAAUAAAGCAGACCUUUUUGGUAAUAUUAGAAAAUUAAAUGGGUUUCUUUUUAGAGAUUUGAUUCAGGUCAUGUUUUGUAGUUAGGCCACGGAUUUCAGCUCCUGCUCACGUGUUUGUGUUCGAUCAGUGUCCUCAGCCAUCUCCAUCCAGGUGACAAGCUACCAGGGUAUGGAAUCAGUGAAACUCAGAUGGGAAGACCUGCCUGCCAAGGCAGACUUAGGGGCUGUGGCUGACUAAAAGGGCUGAGGACUCAACCAUUACAAUUUGAUGUUAAUGAGGCUAAUUUGAAUGGAGAAAUCCCUGGAUUUUGCUCUUACCGGGGUGAGCGGAGGCUGGCACAGGGGGGGAAAUUGUGCUGUCUGUGUCCAGAGGUGACUGAGGCUCUAACCCUGUGGUUUCACUGAAUAAAACCAAUUGGAUCUAAA